UUUCAAAAUUUCCAAAAAUUGACAACAUGAAUUUUCACAUGUGUCCUGCAAUCUGAUUGGUCAUGAGGCGGAGCGCGGAUCAUUUUACGUUUGCAGUAAUAUCUUGCCAAAAUAGCAGGAUUGAGGGGAGCAGUUAGGGCAAAUCUAGCAAGUGAUGUACAGUACCUCUGUCUAAGGAGAGUGUUUAGCUGUGACAACUUAGAUGAAUUGGAGCUGAUAGUUAACAUACAGUACAAAUGGAUGUAUUAAGUGUCUGUCCUCACCUCCUACCACUUAAUGCUUCAAAGACUUAUUAUAAAGGCUUCAUUAAUGUCCUGGAACGACAAUUUAAGAUUGAAAUCCAGCUGAAAUUGCCAGGUGUGUUAAAGGAUGCUCGCUUCACCUGUGAUUGGCAGUUGUCCCAGCUACUGCAUUGCCAUAGAAACAUCAUCACACAGAGACUUCACCAUAGCAACACUUUAGCUGGGUUUCUAGUUGAGCUGAAAACUAUCAUUGAAAGACAGUUGGAGUUGAUGCACUUCAAGAGAGCAGUGAAGCAGUCACCAUCCUAUUAUGACAGAAUUGUCACAGAUAUUGAAGAAUUGGGGUGGGACAAAUUGACAAGUGUGGAUACAGAAUUUCGAGUUCUGCAAUUAACUGCAAAAGAUAAUGCCAUGAGGGAACACACUUUUAAAAUAGAAUUAACAAAUCAGUACCCUGUUGAAGCCCCAAGAUGUACAUUUGAUCUUCCAAUAUCCUUUACUCCCCAUUGGAACCAAAAUGCCUGCCUUAAGGACAUCUAUAACCAGUUUAUACUGCAGCUGGAACAUUUUAGUGAAUUCUGGGAUGAUCUAGAUGAAGUGGAUAAAAACACAUGGAUACUAGAACCAGAACGACCAACUCGCAGUGCAGUUUAUAGGAGAAUUGCAUGUGGUAACAAUGCCUCUCUGAGCCUUACAGUAGACCCACUACAUCCUAGACUUCUUCCAGAGUGUCGUUUCUUAGGACCAGAUCAUGUGAUUCAAGAAUUUCGAGAUAGCAUGAAUUCAAACUUGGAUCAAUGGAAUCCUGAUACAUCUCUACUAGAGAAUCUUCAAACACUUCUAGGGAGAAAGUUUCCGUCACCAAGUAACUCUAAAAAGGAGGACUUCAGUACAGAGUGUGGUAUAUGUUACGCAUAUAGACUAGAGACCCAAAUUCCUGACCAAGUUUGUGAUGACAACAGAUGCAAGCAACCAUUCCAUCAGACAUGUCUCUUUGAGUGGUUGAAAGCCUUGCCUUCCAGUCGACAGAGUUUUAAUGUUGUUUUUGGGGAAUGCCCAUAUUGUAACAAGCCUAUUACUGUGAAAAUGCCGAUGUAGCUCUGACCGUAGACUAGCACAAAAACUAUUAGUUGGAUUACAUAGCUAGAGAGUAUGGUUCUCAGGCAACACCAAAGCUGUAAAUGCUGAUAUUGUAUUAAUUUGGAGAACAAAGCACAUGUAUAUGGACAUGGGUCUCUUGAAAGCCCAUGAUAUGGAGAACUGUAUUAUUAUGAUUUAUUAUCACAUCUAAGUGAAAU